GAGAAUAUGAAUGCAGAACGCGCGCAUGCGAGAAAAGAUUUUGCGUUCCGCAAAAAUUCGUAAAUUUCGUACGAUCGAGAUAAGCGGAAAAUCGAAGAUGGUAUCUUGUCUGAAAAGUUUAUUUUCGACCUUUAAUUACAGUGAGCUUUUCACAUGUCGAUCUCUUAUCCGCGGAGCAUCCCGGGAUUGAACGUAUGCUGUCGCGCAGGUAUAGGUGGUGUUGGCGACCGGACUUAAAUAUCAUCUCGCCGUUGAACAGCGGUCACUUCUCGUGCGGUAUAGCGGUGAUAUAUUUUCGAUCGUGUUGUCGUGGACGAAUUUUCCUCUUGUAGUGACGAACGGGGGGGAUACGUAACGCAACGCGAGCGAGCGUAAUUCCGUUUCGCAAACGUAAACGCGUCACUGACGAGUGAGCAGGUCACAUCGGAGUAAGAUUCAUGACCUUCGACGUUUGUUGCUCCAAAUCGGUAAAUCAUCGUAGGGGUAGGGCUAUGUUCCAAAAUUUUAUUUGAUAGCUAGAGUAGCAUUUAAUUGAUCCAGUCAAAACCAAAUCCUCCCUCUUUUCGUUCUGAUUGAUCAAUUAAAUUACUCUGCUCAAGUAAAGUUGGAAUGUUUGGAAUGUAAUCCAAGGCGGAUUCGUUCCUGCUCUUCUUUGUUAUUUGUCUUCUUUGUUUAUUUCUUGCAAAGGGAGGGAGGAGAAGAAAAACGGAUGGCAAUGCGCCCGGCGAUCGUCUGAUUUUCUCAAUCUUCGGAGCGUGAAACUUCUUCGGAGGAUCUGAUUUCGCGUGUCAAGCUAGUUGAUCAUCGCGAGAUUUUUAUUCUUGCGUAUUUUGCAGAAUUGACUUUUUUUAUUGCAGAAUUGAAUUUUAUUUAAAUACGCGAAAUACGAGAACGCUGUUUAAUCUUGUAAACUUUGCAAUUCACGCUAGAUUUGAAAGUUAUGUAUGUGUGAAUUGAUGCUAAGUCGAGCUGCCUUGAUUGUUAUCAGUGUUACUUGUUGAAAACAAGCGAUUUAAGCAUCCGCUAUGCCACGAAGGAAACAGCAGAGACAUCGUCCCAUAGGGGAGGAUACUCGAAUUGCAGUGAAUUUGACUUAAAAAAAGUUGUUUGGAUUCUCCGGAUCAAAAGGAGUUAGAAUUUCCAUCAUCGUACACAGCAGAAGAGCGAGCGUACAUUCAUGAAUUGGCUAGAGAACUUGGUCUCAAGUCAAAGAGCCGAGGGAAAGGUACAAAUCGGUUUUUGACAGUGUAUAAGAGAGAAGGCUCAACGAUAGUCCAAGCAGAUGCUGUGAUAAAAUUGCAGAAACAUUCGAAGCAGAGUAUAUACAAUUUGAUGCAGACCUUUCCAUUAAAUCACAAAGAAUGCCAAGAUUUACUUCCUCCAAUUGAAAGAGAACGUCCUCUUAAUAAUGAUGUAAAUACAAAUACAAAAGCGAUGGGCAGAUUAAACAACAGCAUACCACAAGUACCUCAAUUGAAAACUAAUUUCGAUGUGCUACACUUUCGCAAAUCUCUGCCAAUUUUUAAUGCGAGGGAGGAAAUUCUCAAUGGCCUGAGCAAUCAUCAAGUAGUCAUAAUUGCAGGUGAAACGGGAUGUGGCAAAACAACACAAGUGCCACAGUAUAUAUUAGAACAUUAUCAGCAGAAGCAUCAAGCUUGUAGAAUUAUUUGUACACAACCUAGGCGGUUGUCUGCGGUAUCCGUGGCCGAAAGAGUAGCGUUCGAAAGAGACGAGAAAAUCGGCCAGACAUUUGGAUAUCAAAUAAGACUGGAAAGUAGAGUAGCUCCUAAAACUCUCCUAACAUACUGUACAAAUGGAGUGUUGCUCAGAACUUUAAUGGGCGGUGAUUCCGCUUUGACUACGCUCACGCACAUCAUCGUCGAUGAAGUUCAUGAACGAGAUAGAUUUUGCGAUUUCCUUCUGAUAGCUUUAAAGGAUGCUUUGGUUAAAUAUCGUUCCUUGAAACUUAUACUUAUGAGCGCCACGAUGGAUACUUCAAUCUUUGCCAAGUAUUUCAAUAAAUGUGUCGUCAUCAAUGUUCCCGGUCGUUCAUACGACGUAGAUGUAUACUUCCUAGAGGACGUUUUGAAGAUGACUGGUUACAUGUCUAAGGAAAUGCUUGCAAAGAAAAAAGAGUUUUUAAAGUGGAAAGAUAAACAAAAGACUUUAGAAUCUUGGAAGCAAUAUAAGCCCCAGCAUUCCAACAGAAAUACAAAAAGCGAGAAAAGUUUACUGCCUGCUCCAAUUUUAGCUCAACAAAAUGAUCCUAUACCUGAGAAAGUUAAACUAGAACCUUGGCUGGUAGAAGAAAUGGACAAAAGUAUUUUCGACGCAUGGGUAAACGGUAGAGAAGAUAAUUUUGCACAACUUUUACAUUUUAUACUAUCCGAAAACGUUUCUGUAGAUUAUCAGCAUUCAGAGACUUCUAUAACACCAUUGAUGGCUGCCGCAGCUAGAGGCUGCAUAAACACGACCGAACAACUUUUAAAUUUAGGUGCAAAUCUUAAUUUGAGAUCCGCCAACGAUUGGUCGGCGUUAGAUUGGGCAAAGAGCAGAAACCAUACGGAAUGUGCCGAAUUAAUCGAAGCUUAUAUGAAAACUUACGAUUGUGCAGUACCGAAUAAUGAAUUGGCACACGUCGCGGAUACGACGCUUUCCGAAGAAGAUAAGUUAUUGCUCGAUAUAUAUCAUCAUACGUUUAACGAUGACAAUAUCGAUUAUGACCUGUUGUUGGAAUUGAUUUUAUACGUCCAUAUAAAAAUGCCUCCUGGUUCUAUCUUAAUAUUUCUACCAGGAUACGAUGACAUAGUUACUAUGAGAGAAAGAAUCAGUGCGGAAGAUAAGAAGAUGAAUCAGGGUUUACGUUACAAUUUGUACGUUCUUCAUUCGAAUAUGCAGACUUGUGAUCAAAAGAAGGUGUUUAAAUCGAGUCCUCAAGGCACGCGAAAAAUCAUUCUUUCUACAAACAUAGCUGAGACCAGCAUCACAAUUGACGAUGUUGUAUACGUUAUUGAUUCAGGAAAAGUUAAAGAGAAGUCCUUCGAUGCUAUAUCUGGUGUAUGUACUCUGACUUCCAACUGGAUAUCUCAAGCUUGUGCGAAGCAACGAAAAGGUAGAGCGGGCAGAUGCAGAAGAGGAAUCUGCUAUCGUUUAUUCUCUUCGGUUCGAUUCGACAACAUGCAGUCUUAUCAGACACCUGAAAUUCUACGACUACCUCUGCAAGAACUCUGCUUAUACACGAAACAUUUAACUUCGGGAAAUACGCCUAUAGCUGAAUUUUUAGAUAAAGCUUUGGAGCCGCCAUCUAAUGUAGUAACGAGGAACGCGGUUCAAUUGUUAAAAACAAUCGACGCGUUAGAUCCGUGGGAAGAUCUUACUGAAUUAGGGAGUCAUUUACUAGAUUUACCAAUUGAACCAAGACUCGGAAAGAUGUUGUUGUAUGCCGUCGUUUUAAAAUGUUUGGAUCCCAUUUUAACGAUUGUUUGUAGUUUAGCAUACAAAGACCCCUUUAUAUUACCGUCACAACCGUCACAAAAGAGAGCCUUGACUGCCGCGCGAAAAAAAUUUGCUACCGGAACAUUCUCGGAUCAUAUGGUGGUUUUGCGAGCAUUCCAAGGCUGGCAGAAUGCCAGAGCGACCGGCAAGGAACGUGCUUUUUGCGAGAAAAAUUUCAUCUCCGCUCCCGUGAUGGAAAUGGUAGUUGGAAUGCGUACGCAGCUUCUCGGUCAAUUACGCGCAUCCGGCUUCGUUCGAGCCAGAAGUCCCGGGGACAUUCGGGACUUAAAUUCAAAUUCGGAAAAUUGGGCUGUCGUGAAAGCAGCCCUGACCGCGGGCUUGUAUCCCAACUUAAUUCGAGUUGAUCGAGAGCACAUGCAGUUACGAACGCAGAAAGAGGUGAAAGUAUUCUUCCAUCCCUCAUCAACUUUGAGAGAUUAUCCAAAGUCUCCGAGGAUGACGUCCGCACAAACGCAUGCAACUAACGUGCAAUCUUUGCCGUGCGAUUGGCUACUUUACGAAGAGAUGAGCCGUACAGGACGUUUCUGUCACGUGAAAGUUGUUACCCUCGUAAAUCCAUUAACUGUAGCGUUAUUUAGUGGACCAGCUAGAUUACCGAUGGAUGUAAUCUACGAAGCCGAAGCUGUUCCGGAAAGCGAAUCAGACUCCGAGGUUGACGAAUCUCAUGAAGGAACCAUUUUUAAACUUGAUGAUUGGGUAGUGUUUAAACUUGAUCCUGAGACGGCCCAAUUGUUCUUACAUCUACGACAGAAGUGGAACGCUUUGUUCCUUAGGCGUAUGAAGGCGCCAAACAAAGCUAUGUCAGCGUUAGACGAGAAAGUCAUUAACACUUUGGUGACUGUGAUCACGAAUGAGGAACAAGCAUGUGGGCUCCAGCAGCCCGCUGGCAUCGGCCAACGUCCGCGUCCAUUAAUCGUUGAUUAUUAUCCCGCAAAUGUCAGAAGAGACGAUUAUCCGGAAAGAUAUUUCUAAAACAAGAAGAGGAAAUGUAGUCUAUUGUUGUGUACAAUCUGUGGUCUGCAGGUUUUCUUGAUCGUUACUUUUUGGUCUUUUAACGAUUGAUCACUGUAAUCCUAUUCUGUAUUUAAAUAACUUUUGUCGAUAAUGACAAUGAAUAUUUAUACAAAAUAUAUAGCGUAAUAUCUAUGGGUAUUUAUUGAAUAUAUGAGUGUGUUUCAUAUUACAUUCUAAUUUACAGUAUUGACAAAGACUGUUGUGAUAUAAUAAGUUUUUGAAUAAUACUCAUUACACUUGUGAUCCUCUUUGCAGAGCUUUUGUUAAGAUAUAAUUGUUUUCUUAGUAAUAUUAUCUUAGAUUUUAUUUCUAUAAGAUAGAGGAUAUUCUUUUAUUCUUCGGUACUAUCUCGGUACAGAUUAAAGAUUGAUACGAUAUCAGUUAUCAAGAUCGAUAUAUAUCUUAUAUAUAUCUUUCUGCAAUGGGUCCGUUCUGCCAGAGUAAAUUUAUGAACAUAUGAUUAUUGUCUAACAAUUAUAUGUACUAAAGCAGCGUAAAAAAUGUGCUUUAAUCUGGUCCCUAAUUCGGAAGUAUGUAAAUAGACCUUACUCCGUAUCUUAUAAAAAUGUGAUAUAUUGUGUAGGCACUAAACUCUUAGCUAUCUUUUAUACUAUGCAUAACAUAUAUCAUUAUACACUCUGAAUGAUUAAUAUAAAUUGUUAUGAAGUAGCAGCUAUAUAAAA